GCUCGCAGCUGCACCUGGUGGCGGAGCGGCACCACGCCGGCAUGUACCACUGCACUGCCAGCAACAAGUACGGCUCCGACUCCAUGGUGGUGUACCUCGCCGUGCAAGAGGCCCCGAGCGCGCCGUCGGGCCUGGAGGUCCUGGAGGCGGGCAGUCGCUGGCUGUCGCUGGGCUGGGCCGUGGACGGGUCCGGGGCCACGCACCACGUGAUCCAGUUCAGGAGGGAGCCGUCCUCGGCGUCGGACGCCAGUGCAGCGGACAACAGCGUGGUGUCCGCCACGCCCCCGCAGCCCCAGCCGUGGUACAACGUGACGGUGCCGGGCGGCGGGCAGCGCUCGGCCAAGGUGACGGGGCUGGACCCCGCCACCACGUACGCCAUCCGGGUGCUGGCCGCCAACGAGGUGGGCGUCGGCCCGCCCGGCAGCCCCGUCACGGCGCAGACCCUGCAGGAGGCACCGACGCUUCCCCCAGCCGACGUCACCGCAGACCCGUUCGCCCCGGAGUCUCUCACCGUCCGGUGGAAGGUGCGCGGUCUUUGCGUCAACCACCGCCAAGUCUGAGAAGCACCACUGACGCUCUGCCUCGCUUCCCGUCGUUGC